GCCGCGCUGCUGCCCGACGGCGUCACCGAGCGCCUCGUCGUCUUCGACGCCGCCUCCCUCGACGACCUGCGCCUGCUGCUGCGCCGCUUCCUCUACGUGUUUCAGGAGGAGGCGGGCCCUGGCUGCCUCUGCCUGUUGUACAGCGCGGUCCUCACCCGUGGAAUUGACAGAGUUCAUUCUUCACCCAACACGUUUUGUUUUGAUAUCAACAGGAUGCAGUGGAUGAUGCACUGCAAAAUACAUAGGUUUGAACUGUUUAAUGUAAUUAAGACUGAUUCAUUGUAUAGUUUCAUCAACAGAAGGCUGCAAUAUUUAAUUACAGUUUUCAAUGAUGUCCUUGGUUACUUAUUUCAGAAGUUGAUAUUUCACAAAUGGAAAGGAAUAUAUUUACAUAUACAGAUGCAUGGUUGA